AUGAGACUGAGCCGGUCACGGACGCCAUUGAGACUUCAGGACCUAUGGAAGAAAAACAUAUCGCGUAUCCGCAGGGUCAGCAUCACUCUGAAGUGGGACGAGGCAUACCUUGCUGACGUCUCCUCAGCGCUUAUACGAAAUGCACGUAAAGUAACUCAGCUUACCUUUUUCUUGCCGAAAAUAAAUGUGACAACACGGGGCAAGGAAAAGCAUUCUAUUGAGGGAAACGAGGAGAGUCUAAACUCAAUUGAACAUAUAUAA